UUGAGCAUACUGCCACUUGUGAUCUGCUUUCACGCAACCCCAACCUUGACUACUCAUUAUUGGUUUCUCAUUUCUUAUUUAAAAUUAAAAAAUACAACCCCCCAAAACCCAAGAAAAAGCUUUUAUCAUAUCUCCAUUUUCUUGAUCUUAGCUUUAAUGGAGUCACCAUCAAUUUCACAAGAACUUGAUAAUGAGCUUCAAACAGAAGUUCUUUCUCCUUCUUCAUCUAUGGCUGACACAAUUAUAAAACCUAUUUCAAGAACAACUGUUAAUUUUGUUAUGGGGAAACAUCGUAUGGCUGCUGCCAUUGCUUCUCUCGAUCAGCAAAUUCACUUUAUUCAGGAAGAAAUGGAGCAGCUUGAAUCAUAUGGAGAGGCCUCCGUAGUCUGCAAAGAAUUUCUUUCAAUUGUAGAAUCCAAACCAGAUGCUCUGCUUCCAGUGCUUGUUGGAGGAUGGGACCUUAACGAACGAUUCUAACUUAAAAAAGGAGUAUUCAGGCUCAAAAAGGCAAGAAAGAGUACAUCAGGCUAAAGUGCGGUCCGCAGAAAUACACAUGCGAACGCAGAGAAGACACCUGAGCCUUGGAGGAGUUUAAACAAGUGUGGUCCGCGCACCAAAUUAUGCGACCGCAAAAGCUGGUCACACUGACAUUAUUGGAAAAGUUCAAAGAAGGUGCAAGAAGACCAAGUAUGAAGCCUCGCUAAAGUGCGGUUUGUAGAUGAAAAAAUGCAGCCGUAGUCGCUGAAGUGCAGCAACAGAUGGAAUAGUACAGCUGCAGAAAUCCUCCAACUGAAGAAGAGAAGAAAAGUGCGGACUGCACAUGGAAUUGUGCUGCCGCAAAACCUCCCGAAGGGCAUUUUUGUCAGCGAAUUUCAGGGCACUAUAAAUAGACAGGAAACACUUUUUAGAAGUUUUGUAUUGUAAGCAUCUGUAGUAGUUAUCUUUUAUCCUUCUGGAAAAGUAGUGAAAAAUAUUGGUGAAGAAUCAUUAGUUUUAUCAAUUAAUCUUAAUUGUGACCCAACUCUAAUGUGUAAACCUUAUGAGUUAUUAAAUUCAGUUCU